UCGUCUUGUUUCUGAAAUCUGAAAAUAUAAGGAAAUGACGUUGGAUUUUCCCCAUAAUUUAUAAACGUAUAAAAUAUCAAAUAAAUAUAACAAUGUGACAUUUAUAUUUUAUCUUGGUGAUAAAUUAUCGCACCUGCUGCAUUAAACAAUUUAUCAAUGUUUAGUUCUGUGCAAUUUUGAUAAUGCCGGUAGAUGUACGAAAAUAGUUGUCCUUCCCCUAUUUUUGAUUAGCAAAUUUAACAGAAACGUAAUGGAUACGGACGUAAAAGUGCAUUAUUUGACGAAUAAUCCAACUUCUGCUUGGAAGGAAAUAUCAAAAUCUCAGAAACUAUUGAAGUUAAAUGUAAAAAUACCAGGAAAUCCAGUUGAACCAAACAGAGUAAGAUUUGUAUGUAUGAGUGACACACACUCUUUAAUUCGAAAUAUUAUGUUUGAUAUACCCGAUGGUGAUAUUUUCAUUCAUGCUGGAGAUUUUACAAAAUGUGGUCAACGUGAAGAAGUGAUUCAGUUUAAUAAGUGGCUAGGUACCUUACCGCAUAAAUAUAAAAUUGUUAUUGCUGGUAAUCAUGAAUUGAGUUUUGACGAGAAGUUUUCUAGUAUCUUUAAGAAAAAAAUACUGUUGAGGCAUACCCAGCCGAUAGAAGAUGAAGUUCCAAAUUAUGGCAAAACUAAGGAUAAUAUAGAGGAAGCUGUUAAUACAGAAAACAUUAGGCAAUAUUUAACCAAUUGCAUAUAUCUAGAGGAUUCUGGAGUAGAAUUAUAUGGGAUAAAAAUAUAUGGAAGUCCAUGGCAACCCGAAUUUGGAAAUUGGGCCUUUAACUUACCAAGAGGUCAAGAGUGUCUCUCUAAAUGGAACUUAAUACCAGAUGAUACUGAUGUAUUAGUUACUCAUACUCCACCGUUAGGUCAUGGUGAUUUAGUUUGCUCUGGAGUGAGAGCAGGGUGCGUCGAGUUACUUCACUCCGUACAAAAUAGAGUCAAACCGAAAUACCACAUUUACGGUCACAUCCAUGAAGGUUAUGGCGUGACUUCGGACGGAAAGAUAAUUUUUAUUAACGCUUCAACUUGUGAUAUUAAUUACAUACCUAACAAUUUACCAGUGGUGUUUGACAUUCCUCUUAAAGAGGGCAUGACGAAGUAGGAUAAAUUAAGUAAAUUUAGUUUUUUUUAUUAAAUUCGCGGCAAUUUGGAGUGAGUAUAAAAAAUUAUACGUAAUUUCACAUAACUUAGCUUUUAAGGAAUGAUAUAUCUAAUUUAUAGACUAAGUUAAGAUUAAAUUAGGGCCAUAAAACUAAUCGUUAGUGGUAGUUACUAGCAGAUUUCAUUUUGUUCACUUGCAUACUUGCUUAUCGCAUCUCUCUAAUUUUAUUAUGAAACAGGCCAUAGUUUUUUAUAUACAUAGUAAACGAUAGAAAUUUUAUAAUUAUAACGUUUACAGUACAAAUCACUAGCCAUCACAAGCCAGCUGAUGACGUAUUAGAUUAUAGGGAUAUUUGCUCAAAAAAAAAUUAGAUGCUUCUUGCUUAGAAAAAAUCCAUUAUCACUUGGUGAUCUCCGUCUUGUAACAUUUGUGUUUAACGAAAGGUUUACUUGUAAGCUAUUUUAUAUUGAAAAUAAUAAACCAAGUAUGAGAGGUCAUGAAUCAUCGCGUUUUAUAUCGUUAAAUAAAAUUAUUGUACAGUUUUUUUUUAUGUAACAUUUAUUACAUCAAUAUAGAAUAAUCGGUGAACAUAUAAUUGUAAUAAGGUGAAGAAUUAGUUGCAGCUUUACAAUUGUGUAUGACAGAUUAAUAGAAAAUGCAUGUAUAAACUGAUAAACAGUUACGUUUAGUUGAUUGUAUUACACUU